AUGGCGUCGGCACCAACCGGACAGAAAGCUGAACCGACUUCGCCUACUGUCAAGCUUGAAGAAGGCACGAAGACGCUCCGAAGCGGUCGUGAAAUCACCACACCCGCGUCAGCACAAGCCCAGAGGGGCCUGAAAAAGGAGACUAGAGAGUCCCCUUCAGUCCGAACGAAACAAGAACAGGGAGAGACGAGCCAGUCUGCAACUGGCCCUGUCAAAAGCAGUUUGAGCGAUGAAGAAAAGGAAGACACCCCUGAAGCCACGAAGGAAUCAAAGGGAAAAGGGCGCGAAUUGCAGACGAGUCCCAACUACCCCAGUGGCGAGGAAACAGACGACGACCCCGAUCCUCAUCACUCGAGGAGAGUGAAGCCAAGGACCAAGCAUGGCUCUGAGUAUCCUGACUCUGAUCCAAGCAGUUCUAGCAGCAGCUAUGAGCUUUUACGCAAGUCAAAGAAGGAAAAAGGCUCGCAUGUGAAAUGGGAUCGAUGGUGUUUCAACCCGGAACUAGACCAAUAUCUGGAGGGCCUAGACAACUGGAAACCCUUCAAAGAUGGAGUCUACGGCGCUUGCCACGUUGUUGGUAUCGACACAAAAACCUGGUUAACUACGAAAGGGAAACCAAUUUUGCCUAACGACGAUGAAAGACUUGCCUCGAAAAUCAAGUUGCUAACUAGGAAGUCCUUUAUUAACAGCCUUAUGGGAAUCUUUUCGGGCAAGGAGCUGUGCCAAUAUCUUGAAGAACAGUUUGAAUCGCAAGGCACCAGCAGAGAAGAAGUAACUCUGCAUGAUAUCACGCAUCUGGAGUACGAUGGCGGUGACCCAGUCAAAUUUAAUUCUGCUUGGAUGCGACUCUCAGAUCGUCAAAAUCCGAGCAACAAAAUAUCGCUUUCUCGAGUUAAGGCUGAUUUUGUUGAUGAUUUUCGACAUAAGAUUGGGAAACCCACACAGGGAAACGCCGCGAACUCAGCCCAAAAUCCCGACAAGAACAAGAGCAAGAAGAAGAAAGGAAGUCAAAAUGGUCCUUCGAAUGGUGACGAAGCCAACGCUGCUGGCAAUGGAAACACGAGGGGGAAUAGUCGUCGAAACAGGGGUGGAAGAGGCAGGGGACGAGGCCGAGGACGUGGAAGAGGCGGCCAGAGUCGUUGGACAGCGGAUGGCAAGCCAAUCUGUGAUGAGUGCCAGAGUCCAGGACAUAUGCGACAUGCACCGGCUCCAGCCCCGCCGCUAUCCCUCGAAUGGUUUUACAACCAAGAUAACCAACCGGGUGUAGUGCAGACUACACUUGUGAGCGAAUCCCCAAAGGACGUUGUCGCCCUUUAUACGCUUGAAAAUGAGUACCUCGACUGCGUUCAAACCAUAGACCUCGGGGAUAUCUGCGCCAAUUCAACGAUCGUCAGACCAGCAGGAAUCAGCAUUGAAACUGGCAUGAAAUCCGACCGAGACUAUCGCUCUUCAAUCAUCAUGGCAUUUAGUUCUCCUUUCAACAUUCCAGAGAGAACUAGCAUUCGAAAUCGUACACUUUGGGAUACGGGAUCAAAUGUCGACAUAGUCAACGGAAGGACUGAUUUGAUACCGACUACAGUCAAGAAUAUCCCUCUGGGAAAUGUACGAAUACUGACCGGAGCAGGUCCGGUUUUCGCCAGCGCAGUAGGAGUUUGUGUGCGGAAGUUUGUUGGCCUAGACCUCAAAUCACACAAAGUCACUACAAUAUUCACGUUGCUCGUUGAAAGAUUCCCUAUGAAUAUCUUCUCGGGAGAAAGGUUCUAUUUGUCUGGUCACUCCCUACAAGACAAGAACUUGGUCGCUAAUUCAGGGGAGGUUAUUACAACCAUUGACCCCCGAAGGCGUGGGUUCUAUCUCUGGGUGUAUGGGCAACCAGAACCGUCAGUUCUGAAGUGUCCUUCACAUUGA